AUGCCCGUCGACACGUUUCGAGUCCGCCUCAACUGCAUAGACCACUACCAAGCAGUCCCCGUUGACGAAUUCGAUCCCCCACUGCCUCGAGAUGUCGCCGUGGCCAAGGCAAAAGACCGGCCACGCAUCUCCGUCAUACGCGUGUUCGGCGCAACAGAGACGGGCCAGAAGGUUUUGAUGCACAUUCAUGGGGCGCUCCAAUACACAUAUAUCGAGUACAGUGGGAGUCUGGAGCGGCACGAUGUCGACGUGGCCAUUCGCACUCUGCAACUCUCCAUCGAUCAUGCCUUGGCCGUCAGCUAUCGCAAGAACAUAUACGAGGGAAAACAUCGCUAUGUCGCAUACAUCUCCCUGGUCAAAGGCGUACCCUUUUAUGGCUACCAUGUCGGGUACAAGUUCUAUCUCAAAAUCUACUUGCUCAACCCCCUACACAUGACCAGGCUCGCAGAUUUACUGCGGGAGGGGGCAAUCAUGAAGAGAGUUCUACAGCCCCAUGAAAGCCAUAUGCAGUACCUGGCCCAGUGGAUGUGUGACUACAACUUGUACGGAUGUGGGUACAUCGAGUGUGACAAGGUCAAGUUUCGCGCGCCCGUCCCAAAGUACUUGGAGAUGACUAAUGCCUUCCAUCAAUGGCACGACUAUUCGAUUCCCCCGCAGGACGUCUCGGAUGAGGGCAUCCUUCCUAAGCAAAGCCACUGCGCACUAGAGGUGGAUGUCCACGUCGAGAACAUUUUGAAUCGAAGAAACGUCGAAGCCCGGCUGAUUCAUCACGACUUUAUAGAACGGCUGCAUCCAAUUCCAGCCGAUGCAAAGUUGGUACAGAGCAUGGCGGGACUGUGGAAGGACGAAACGAGGCGGAGGAAGCUCAGAAUGGGAUUGAAAGACCCCAGGAGCAGCCCUUUUCCCGCCGAAGUAUUGAUUUCCAUGUCCGCUGACCCUAGAAAUGUGUCUCCUGGAGGCUGGAUUCACGAAGAAGAAAACCGCGAGAAGCUGGCUCAACUCGUCGUGGAAGAACGCGAGAAGAGUGACGAGCAAGGCGUGUCCUUUGAUACUUUUGUCAGACACACCGCGACGGGUUCUGAUGUGCAAACCGCACUCGAGAGCGUCGAAGACUUGUAUCCCAGGAAGCUGAACCCGCCUAUCCCCAUCGACACUAGACAAGAAGCCCCUGGUUCUGACUACCGCGGCGCUAACAGUACGGUGUUAGUUGAUAAAGAACGUGCAGACGAUGUUGCAGACACAAAUGAUUCCAUUGCGACUCCGAAAACAGUCUCGCCCGAACAUGAAGAUCGCAAUUCUGGAUCGUCUCUGACUGGUGACACAUCCAGCAGUAACGGUGUUGUCCACGAUGAAGUGUCGUCUCCGAUUGGAUCUGCAGAGUACGAGGAAUACGGCAUUCGUUCGGUGGGAGUUGCAGCAUUUCAAGACGGGGAUACUUUUGAAUUUCCUGGAAAUCAUUUAUUAGGGCAAACACAAGUUUCAAGGAGUCCCAAGCAUGCCCGAUUUACCGAAGCACCAACAUUUCGUCCGAGGAAACGACGGAAGCUCUUAGUCGACGAAGAGAAUCUUCUGCCAGACAUCAGCUCCUCCGACUCUGAAGCAGAUCACGAUUUCCUCAUCCACGGCCCCGAGACCGGCAGAAGACCCGCGCCAGCUGAAGACAAGAUGAGUCGCCUCUCCCCACGUACAGAUAAUAUCUUGCCAGUCAGUGGUCAACAAACUUCGAAACCGAAGAGCUCGUUGCAAGAAUCCAUCAAUUCGCCAAGUCUCUCACAACAGUCGACGUUAGGCUUUCCCGCAGUCAAGAAUCCGACUGAUCCAGACACAAUUCUUCGCUUGAGCCAGAAAAGUAAUACGUCCCAAAAGUCAUCUCAACUCGACUGUAGCGCACACCGCACCUCUCAGACCAUGUCCAAAACUCCUCGCAAAGACAUGCCGACAUCGUCACAGCAGACAAUUGCCCCUCCAACUACCGCAAGAAGCAACAAAUCAGCACAGUCGCUCGACUUAGAUCUUGUCGGCCUGAAGGCACCCAGCGAUAAUCCACGUUCUCUGAUAUAUGUGCGACGCCCACCAACCUUUGAUGAGGUCAAGACGACCCUAGGCCAAGCUGGGCUUCCCGACGUCAUUUAUCAGGAAGCAUAUUAUAGCACCGAGGCUGAUGUCCCGAGACAAUCAAGAGAAUACGCGGGAAGGGAGUUCAAACUUGGGAGUGACACUAUACCCUACCUGCCUAACUUUGAUGCUACUGGCACAUCUCCGGCCAAUUUUGGAAGAAGACCUGCGAUGCUGAUAGAUUUUUCCGCCGAACGGAUACGGGCCAAUCAGAGACGGAAGCGUUGUCGUAUACGUGAAUGGGUCAUAGCAGAUGAGCCUCCGGGAAAAGCGGAUGUACUGGCAUGGCUACAGGAAGAACACCUUGCAAAGUCAGACAAAACAGUUGGGACGCGAACAAGCCCGAAGACACAUCUCUCCCAGAUCGAUGUUCCGACUCAAAAGAACGGCUAUGGGUUCAAGUAUUCCCAAAAGCAGCCCAGCACGAGCGUCCAACACGAAACACAGUACAUGAGCAUUAUGGCUCUCGAGAUCCAUGUCAACACUCGCGGCACGCUAGCUCCUAAUCCCGAAGAGGAUGCCAUUGCCUGCAUCUUCUGGUGUGUGCAGACCGACGAUGAAGACAUGGAAAGCAAGGGCAGCAGAGAAGGCGUUCACAGAGGCAUUAUCAUCAACGCCGACGAACCCCAGAAGGCCAAAAAAGUCGGUCGCAAUGUUACUUUUGAAGUCGAAGAGGAAUCAACCGAGCUGGACCUCUUGACCAGACUUGUAGACAUUGUGCGCUCCUACGAUCCAGACAUCCUGACCGGAUACGAAGUACACAACAGCUCUUGGGGAUAUCUCAUUGAAAGGGCUCGGGUCAAAUACGAUCUCAACUACUGUGAUGAGCUCUCCCGUAUGAAGGCUCAAUCUCACGGCAGGUUCGGCAAAGACGACGACAAGUGGGGUUUCAACCACACCUCGACCAUUCGUGUCACCGGUCGCCAUACUAUCAACAUCUGGAGGGCCAUGCGCGGUGAGUUGAACUUGCUUCAGUAUACUAUGGAGAACGUGGUGUACCAUUUGCUGCAUCAACGAAUUCCGCACUAUAGUUUUGCGGAUCUUACUAGAUGGUACCGAAGCAAGAAUCCCCGUGACCUGGCGCAAGUCAUAGACUAUUUCUCGCGUCGCGUCGAGAUUGACGUCAAGAUCCUCGAAACCAACGAACUCGUGCCGAGAACGAGCGAACAAGCACGGUUACUGGGAGUGGACUGGUUCUCUGUCAUUUCUCGGGGUUCUCAGUUCAAAGUUGAGUCUCUCAUGUUUCGUAUUGCGAAGCCAGAGAACUUUAUUCUGGUUUCACCUGGCAGAAGACAGGUGGGAGGGCAGAACGCGCUCGAAUGUCUGCCAUUGGUCAUGGAGCCCCGGAGCAAUUUCUACACCAGCCCUUUGCUGGUGCUAGAUUUCCAGUCCCUGUAUCCGAGCGUGAUGAUUGCUUACAACUAUUGCUAUUCGACGUUUCUGGGUCGAGUGGUCAGCUGGCGCGGAACCAACAAAAUGGGAUUCACGGAUUAUCGUCGCGAGCCGAGGCUGCUGGAGCUAUUGAAAGACCAUGUCAAUAUUGCACCGAACGGAAUCAUGUACGCGAAACCUGAAAUCCGCAAAUCGCUGUUGGCCAAAAUGCUCAGCGAGAUUCUCGAAACCAGAGUCAUGGUCAAGAGUGGGAUGAAGGUCGACAAGGAUGACAAGACGUUGCAACAUCUUUUGAACAACCGACAACUUGCACUCAAGCUUAUUGCGAACGUCACCUACGGCUACACGUCGGCGUCCUUCUCGGGUCGCAUGCCUUGCUCAGAGAUUGCCGACAGCAUUGUACAGACUGGCCGAGAGACUCUGGAAAAGGCCAUUGCACUGAUACAUUCGGUGGAACGAUGGGGCGCCGAGGUCGUCUAUGGGGACACCGACAGUCUUUUUGUUUACCUCAAAGGCCGAACCAGGGAGCAAGCUUUUGACAUUGGCGAAGAGAUUGCCGAAACGAUUACCAAGAUGAAUCCCCGUCCGGUCAAGUUGAAGUUUGAAAAGGUGUACCACCCUUGCGUGCUCCUGGCGAAGAAGCGCUACGUCGGGUUCAAGUACGAGACCCGAUCACAGACGGUUCCCGACUUUGACGCAAAGGGAAUCGAGACUGUCCGCCGAGACGGGACGCCGGCAGAGCAGAAGAUCGAAGAGACUGCGCUCAAGAUGCUCUUCCGCACGUCGGAUCUGAGUCAAGUCAAGAGGUUCUUUCAGGCGCAAUGCGCCAAGAUCAUGCGCGGGAGCGUGUCGAUACAAGACUUCUGUUUCGCCAGAGAAGUUAAGCUCGGGACGUACAGCGACAAAGGGCCGCCUCCUCCUGGUGCUUUGAUCAGCGCUCGCAAGAUGAUUGAAGACCCGCGACUCGAGCCACAGUAUGGCGAACGGGUUCCGUACGUGGUGGUGACAGGAGGUCCCGGCGCCCGACUCAUUGAUCGGUGUGUCGCUCCUGAGGUGUUGCUCAACGAUGUGCACUCGGAGCUGGACGCCGAGUACUACAUUUCCAAAAACAUCAUUCCCCCGCUCGAGCGCAUCUUCAACCUCGUCGGUGCCAACGUUCGGCAGUGGUAUGAUGAGAUGCCCAAGUAUCAGCGGAUCAGGAGAGUCGAGGCCGGCGGGGCCUUGGGGGCCCCCAGCAACAAAAAGACGACGCUGGAGUCUUACAUGAAGUCCUCGAGGUGUUUGGUCUGUCGAUCGACUCUUGACGCUAAGGACAACAAGCAUGGACCAUUGUGCAGGAAUUGCUUUCGACAAUCGUCAAGGAGUCUGUUGGACCUACGAUCGAGGUUGAUGAGGGCCGAGAGGAACGUGAUGGAAGUUAAUCAGGUUUGUCGAUCGUGUGCUGGCGUUGGUGGCGUCGGCGGUGGGUGUGAGGAAGAGGUUCGGUGUGAUAGUAAGGAUUGCCCCGUGUUUUAUUCUCGGACGAGAUACAAGGCUGCAUUGGCGAAUGAGAGGGCGGUUUUGGUUCCGGUCGUGGACAUGUUGGAAAACAAAUCCGACUCGAUGAAUGGUUUGGAUUGGUGA